AUGAGCGGUUGCUGGCUUGAAAAGAAGAUGGCAGAGCCCUUCAGCGCCGUUGCGGGACUCGGUGUGGUUCUGCCUGCGGUGCGUCUCUGCCAGGAAAAAUUAAAACUUGAUGCUGAGAGGGAAAAACUAGAGAGGCUUCAGGAGCUUUACUCCGAGCAGAAGACGCAGCUUGAUAAUUGCCCUGAGUCCAUGAGGGAACAAUUACAGCAGCAGCUGAAGAGGGAUGCUGAUCUUUUGGACAUAGAAAGCAAACACUUUGAAGAUUUGGAAUUUCAGCAGCUUGAACAUGAAAGCAGGUUAGAUGAAGAGAAAGAAAACCUGACGCAACAGCUGCUACGUGAAGUAGCUGAAUAUCAGCGCAGCAUUGUCAGUAGAAAGGAAAAAAUUUCUGCUCUCAAAAAACAAGCCAAUCAUAUUGUCCAACAAGCACAAAGAGAACAAGAUCAUUUUGUAAAAGAGAAAAACAACUUAAUAAUGAUGCUGCAAAGAGAAAAAGAGAAUCUCUGUAAUCUGGAAAAGAAAUAUUCUAUGCUUUCCGGAGGAAAGGGAUUUCCUGUCAGUCCCAGUAGUCUAAAAGAGGGCUAUAUCAGUGUAAGUGAAAUUAGUGAGCUGUAUGGCAAUUCCACGAAUCUGUCCCCUUCCACUCAGCCCCCCACAGAUGCUGAAGCAGUUGCCACUGAGCCUUCCACGGCUGUGCUGACGAGCCAGCCACAAAAUAAAGAGCAUUUCAGAAAUCUGGAAGAGCGAAAGAAGCAGCACAGGGAAUGCAUGUACAUGAGUGAUACUUUACCUCGCAAGAAAACGACUCCGUCUGUGUCACCGCACUUCAAUAGCGCAACGCUUGGACGAAGCGUUGCAUCUAAAGGACAUUUACCUUUAGGACAGAGCAACAGCUGUGGCAGCGUACUUCCUCACUGCCUAGCAACCAUGACCAAAGAGUCAGAGUCGAGAAGGAUGCACAAAGGGUAUAACCACCAGCGUACCUGUGAAAACCAAAGGCAGAAGUCUCCUGAAUUCUACAGCAGAACAGCAUCCGAAUCGAAUGUGUAUUUGAAUAGUUUCCAUUACCCAGAUCGUAGUUACAAGGACCAUGCCUUUGAUACCUUAAGCUUAGACAGUUCUGACAGUAUGGAGACAAGCAUAUCAGCAUGCUCACCAGAUAACAUUUCCAGUGCUAGCACUUCAAAUGUUGCAAGAAUAGAAGAGAUGGAGAGACUUCUGAAACAAGCACAUGCUGAAAAGACUAGGCUGCUUGAGACCAGGGAACGGGAGAUGGAAGCCAAAAAACGAGCUCUGGAAGAAGAGAAGCGACGCAGAGAGCAACUGGAGAAAAGAUUGGAAGAAGAAACUAGCCAGAGGCAAAAAUUAAUUGAAAAGGAAGUCAAAAUACGUGAGAAACAAAGAGCACAGGCUCGUCCCUUGACUCGCUAUUUGCCCAUUAGAAAGGAAGACUUUGACCUACGAAGUCACAUCGAAACAGCCGGUCACAACAUAGAGACCUGUUACCAUGUCUCCCUCACAGAGAAGACCUGCCGAGGCUUUCUGAUUAAAAUGGGAGGAAAAAUUAAAACAUGGAAAAAACGAUGGUUUGUUUUUGACAGAAACAAGAGAACUUUUACAUAUUAUGCAGAUAAACACGAAACUAAAUUAAAAGGUGUAAUAUAUUUUCAAGCUAUUGAAGAAGUCUAUUAUGAUCACCUAAAGAAUGCAUAUAAGAGUCCCAACCCGUUGCUCACGUUCAGCGUUAAGACGCAUGACCGGAUAUACUAUAUGGUUGCUCCUUCGCCAGAAGCCAUGAGGAUAUGGAUGGAUGUUAUUGUUACCGGUGCAGAAGGCUACACCCACUUCAUGUUAUAA